AUGACUGUUAAAACGAGUUGGCAGCACUGAUUGUAAUGAACAUUAGCACUUGGUCGGAAAAUGCAUAAACACUUUUUUACAUGAAGUAUUCAAACAAAAGCAAACUGAAAACGUGUGCACGUGGAUGCGACGAAGCGUGUGUGCCGUACACGGAGAUUGAGACACACAAGUGCAAAGGGCGUGCACCCGCAAAUUGACGAAAAUCAAAGGCAAUCAAUUAACCAAGUAAGCGACAGUGUCAAAUGAGAAAAGAGGAUGAUCCACACACCCCGCAACCCGCAACUGCAUUGAUUACUACAUUAACUACAUACAUACAUAUACAUAUAUAUGUACAUUUCAUCGUGGCGAGCAAGAAACAACAAGCAACAUCAACUUGAAGCUAAAUUAAGGCAAGUUUUAAAACAACUCGAAAAAUUCGAUACAAGGAAAUUUAUGCAAACAUGUCUGCCGGAGGAGUUGGAGUGGGAGUGAGAGUAGGAGAGGGAGAGAGAGACAGCAGCAGCAUUAUCGAUGAGUUGCCAGAUGGUGAAAAUAGCCGGGAAUUGGAGCCUGGCGAGCUUGUGACGCCCCCGCAUCAACAUUUACAGGGUAGCGCUAGUCCGCAAUUGAAGAAAAUACUAGCCAAGGACGUGAUGAACAAAGCAUUGCGCAAAUCAAUGCAAAACGAUAACGACAGCACCGAGGCGAUGAAUGUGCGCGCGAUUUUGGAGCGCAAGGACAAAGCACAACCACAACAUACCCUGGAGAAUGGCAUCGAAAUGGAAGCAGAUGCCGAUGCCGAUGACAGUGAAGGUUUGUAUUCCGAUACGGAUUCCUCGGAUCAGGAUGAGCAGCAGCAGCAGAAGAACAAGCAACUACAGCAGCAAGAUGUGGAGGAUGUGCAGCAGGCGCGCAAGGAGAAGCAAGCGGAGGCAGCGGCCGCAGCCAAAGCCGCAGCACCUCCAGCCGCCCCCGCCCCGCAUCACGCCUUCAUUGGCAUGAGUCCGUUGCGGUUUCACAUGCGUCCGCCGUGCUAUGAUUUCUCGCGCAUGGGAUUCAUGCCGCGAAUGCCGCGUGGUGUCAUGCGUGCAAUGCGUCCGCCAUUCUUUCAACGACCGUCAGUGCAGUCCAAUCCUCCUGCCUCCUCCUCCUGCUCAUCAAGCAACGCCAAUGGAGCUCAGGGAUCGGCGGGUGGAGCCGGUGCCUAUGGACCCGCACUGCCGCCAGGUCAGGCACAGGAAUCAGGCAAGCGUGCGCAGUCGGAUUUGCUCUGGACUACAACUCAGCCUCCCAUGUCGUUCCUCUUUUGCUUGGUCAACGAUUGUGGCAAUGCGGAGCACAAAGAUUGCAGACUGAUUCCCUCACAAACUAAAGAAACUGCCAAGGAAUACUCCAAGGAGAAGCAUGCAAAGAUUAGCACAGAAAGGAAUAGUAAAGAGCAAAAGGAGCGAGCACAACAGCGAGACACUGCCAAGGAGAAGAAGAUGCUGGACAAAUCGAAGGAGAGACACAGAGCGCGUUCCAAGGACAAGCAAAGGGAACACUUCAGGGAGAAGCAAAGGGAACGCUCCAAUGGCGAGCACAGAGAGAAGAGAAUGAAGGAGAGAGUAGAUGCAGUCAGGAACAGAGAAAACCACAGAGAAGGCAGAAGAAGGGAACGCUCCAGGGACAGAAAAGAGAAACAAAGGGAACGAUCGAGAGAGAAGUCAAAAGAGCAAAGGGAUCGCUCCGAAGUGGAGCAUAAAGAGCGAUCCAGGGAGAAGCACAAGCAUCGCUCCCAGGACAAGCAAGUAGAGCAAAUGGAACUAGCCCAAGUGGGGCAAAGGGAAAGUUCACAAGUGGAGAAAAGGAAUCGAUCCAGGGAGCAGCAAGAUGAGACGAGGGAACGUUCUCAAGUGCAGCAAAUGGAUCGCUCCAAGGAGCGGCAAAAUGAUCGUUCCAAGGAGCAUCAAGUGGAGCCAAGGAAACGGGCCCAAGUGCAGCGUACAGAGCAAUCCAGAGAGCAGCUAGUGGAACAAAGGGAACGCUCCCGAGAGAGGCCAAAGGAACGCCCUAGGCAAAUGCAUAGAGAGCGCUCCAAGGAGCAGCGAGAACGCUCUUUUGAGAAGCAAAGAUUGGAGAAAAGGGAACGUUCCAAAGAACAACCAAUGGAGCACACAGCUGAGCGCUCCAGGGACAGAGACAGGGACAGAGACAGGGACAGGAAUAGGCACAAGGAGCAGCAGCGUGACAGGGAUAGGCACAAGGAUUGCUCAAGGGAGCAGCCCAGGGAUGCAGUUACAGACAAGUCGAGAGAUAGGCAGCAGGAACGCGAGAGAUCGAGAUCGAGUCACAGCAACAACAACAGGAAAAGUCGCAGUCAAAGUCGCCGAACUGAGAGCAAAGCAAAAACGCCUCCAACUUCAGCAGCUGCACCACCUGGAGCACCACAGGAAGCCCCACCAGCAUCACAAACACUGCCAGCUGAGCAGUUGGAGCAACUGCAGCCGUUGACGCCGCCGCGAGCAAAAGCCUUUGAUAUAUUUGCCGAAUCGCCGCCAAGACUGAACAAGCUGAGGAGUGUGGAGCGGAGCACGACGCCACCGCUGGACAAGAGACAUGUCUUUAAAUCCGAACCCGUUGCCACCAUAACUGUGUCCACUCCCGAGUCAGUGCAUGCGAUGCACAGCGAGAUUCACAGUCGGAUUGGAGCGCUGCUCGAGGACAAUGAUGAGCUGCAGCUGGAGGCGCUGCUGGCGACCAAGGAGCAGCUGCUGCGCAAGAGUCACGAGCAUCGAGUGCACAAGAAGGAGCUGCACAUCAAGCAGGAGCCCGGAACCAAGGAAGCCUCGAUUAAAGCGAAUCCUGCGCCUUCUCGGCAUGCCAAUCCCUUCAAGCGUGAGACAGUAUUAGCUGAAGCAGCCAGAACCUCCACAGAGGAUGCUAGAAGAUGCACUGCAUCCUCGCAGCGCAGCAAUGGAGAUAGACAUGGCAAUAGCAGUCACUCCCGGCAUAGCCACAGGGAACUGGAGUCCAGGGAACGCAGCAUUAAGCAGGAGAAGAAUCGCUCCAGGACGCCACCAUUGCUCACAGUGCGACAGAUAAAAGUAGAACGGGAUUUGACGCCACCGCCAAGAGAUCAACACUUGGAGCAGUCAAGAAAGCUGGAGAGAGAGCAAGAACAGCAGUUAGUUAACAAGGCGGCAGUGCCUCCAAGUGUGGUCAAGUCGGAUGAGCAUAGUCCCGAUACGGAUGACUACAUAGACAACUGGGAGAAUGAUGACUCUAUGGCUGGAGGUGACAGCAGCACGCCAAAGAAUGCAGCGAUAUCGAUUGUGGCAAGACUAAAUGGCGAGGAUGAGGAUUCCAAUGCGCUGUGGAAUGCCAAGAGCACGCCGCCACCCAAGGCAAAGUUGAAGGGGAAGAUGGAAGUGGCCGGAGAAAGAGCAGAAGACGGCGGAGGAGAAAGAGGAGCAGAUGGAGUAACAGCGGGAGGAGAUGAAAGAGGAGAAAUUGAACGAGCAACAGGCGGCGGAGAAGGAAGAGGCGAAGGAGCAGUAAAAGAAAGUGGAGUAGGAACCGUAGAGGGAGGAGGAACAGCUGGAGAAAGUGGAACGGCAGGUGGAACUGACGAAGGAGGAAGGGGAACAGCAGAAGGAGAAGCAGUAAAAGAAGGAUCUGGAGGAGGAGGAGGCGGAUCAACUGCUAUGCCCGACAAGGCAUUGAUCAACAUCCACGAGCUGUAUGACAAAUUCAUGAAGAGUAUUAAAAUGGGAGCAGCCACAAGUCAAGCCACAACAACAACAACAACCAACAAAUUGGAGACAACAACAAAUAGUUCCUUAAGCAAUUCCAAGUCAACUGCCACUGAAGAAGACGCAGAAGGAGCAGGAGAAGAAGAGGAGUCUUCCAGCACAGACAGCGAAGCCACAACGUCGAGUGGCAGCAGCAGCAGCUCCAGCGACAGCUCCGACGAAGAAGAAGAUGAUGAAGAUGAAAAUGAAGAUUCCAGCACAGAUGCAGAGGCGGAGAGUCGAAAACGGGAGCAGGAGCAGGAACAGAGGCAACUGUUGAGCAUGGACAGCACAGAUCAAUCCCAAUCGCAAUCUCAGUCCUCGCAAUCGACGCCAGAGGACUCGUCUAAUCCUGUCAAGCACGCACUGAGCUACAAGAAGAACAAUGUGAGUCGGGAUCUGCGCAAGAUGCAGAGCCUGGAGGAUAACUUGGCGCGCAUACAGAUGAUGCGCGAGAACUACGACUCCGGGGAUGACAUCUGCGAGGAGCUGCUCAAAAUGGAAUCCCUGUUCAUCAUGCAACGCAAUGCCAUACUGAACAAGUAUCGCAAGUCGGAGCUGAAGUCGGGCGAGGAGCAACUGCAGCAGCAGCCACAGCAGCGGGAUCGGGAACAGGUGCAGCCGGUGGAGGCGUUGCCACGCCCCGCUUCCCCGGUGAACAACAUAUUCGAUGCGAAUCGUGAGGCCAUCAAGUUGACCAUUUCCCCACUCAAGUUGUCUGCCCGCAAACCCGCCAUCUUUGACAAGGACGAGCUGGAAACGACGCCAGCUCCGGUCACCGGUGCAUUGGAAACGAAGCUAGUGAAGCCACCGAAAGAGAUAGCUAUUGUUAAGCCCACCAUCAUGGAGCGCGCCAGGACACAGAAGCCAACACAGUUGCAGGCUAAUCCGCUCAAGCGUUCACGCACACGCGAGCGCGAACGCUCCAGAUCCCGUUCGGUGUCCAGGCAGCGCUUUAGACGCUUUCGCAGCAAGGAUUCCACGCGUUCGCCGAGUCCGCGACGUCGUCGUCCGCUGCGUGGACGCUUCGGCAAGGGAAUGGGAAUGGGAAUGGGAGCGGGAAUGGGUUCGAGAUCGGCCUCAAGAUCGGGCUCCCGAUUGGGUUUGGGCUUUUCACGCAGCAGUCACAGUCAGAGCAUCAGUCGCAGUCGGACGCGGAGUCGGAGUCCAUUGCGUCGGCGGCGUCUGAAGUUGCCAAUUGGACGAAGACGUGGUUCGUUGUCACCGCCGGGCAAGAUUUGCUAUGGACCACGUUCUCCGCCGCCGCCGACGCUGAGAUACAGCCGGGAGAGGGGCUAUUCCCGUUCCCGAUCCCGUUCGCCGUUGCCCUUCAAACCGCCCUCGCCGCCCAUGCGACGCAGCUGGUCAAGAUCCCGUUCCCGCUCGCGUUCCCGUUCCCCAGUACGCCGGAGGGGUUCUCGUUCAUCCUCCCGCACCCGUUCAAGAUCACCACAUGGUCAUCUGGAGAGCUUUGCGGAUUACUUUGUGGAGAAUCAGAGCCGGGAGGCAGCUGACUAUUAUUAUAACAUGUCCAUAAUGCAGCAGGAUGCGAUGCAGGGACAGGGACACUACAUGGACAUGGACAUGGACAUGCCCUACAUGGAUAGCGCCUACAACAUGGAGCAGGCCUACGCACAGUACACUGAAUACUCCACAACAGCAGCAGGAACAAGCACUACAGAUUAUGACUAUGCUAACGUUACUGGCCAUGUAACGGAGGCUUCUGUCAUGCCCGUGCUCCGGGAACUGCCCAAGGCGCCUGUUGCCGUGCAAAAGGGAAAUGUCCUGGAAAUUGUGCCCUCCAUGGAGGCCACCGUGCAGCCACUGACAAUAGUCACAGCGCCCACAGUGACGGAGGAGCAAGUGGAGGACAGCAGCAAACCGAAGAGGAAGCGUGUCAACUUCGUGGAUCUGGUGCUGCCGAAUUACGAGAGUGGCAGCGAGGAUCGCAAGGCAGUGGAGCGUUUGGUGGAUCACAAGGUGCGUGUGGAUCAGAAACGCAGUGCCGCCAAGGCGGCCAUGGAGCAGCGUAAGAAGGAGCAGCUGUUGGCCGUGCCCUUUCCACCGCCACCGCCCGGAGCCAAGCCGGCGAAUGUGGACAAACCCGUGCCGGUGCAGAAGAAGCCACAAUUGCGUUAUUAUCACUUUGAUUCGGCCAAGGGCUUGAUAUGCAAGUCACGUGAGCGGAUAUUGCGAAGUGCGCAGCCUCAACGUUUCGAUCCCAAGUACAUGGCCAUGUUGGUGAAGUCGGGCAGGCUGCCAAUGCCGCCAUUUAUGCGUCAUCGUCCACCACCACCGCCCGCCCAGGCGGAUGCCAUGCUGCAGGAGUUCUUUACGCUGCAUCCGCCGCCUCCAUUGCACCACGUGAUGCCACACUAUCUACGUGGUCCGCCACCAGCGGUUGCAGCUCCAACUGCAGCGGCAGCAACUGUAACCGAAUUUCAACCGAUUCCCGUGCUGGGUGCACAGAGUUAUCCGUGCUAUCCAAUCACGCCGACGCCUGUGCCUGUGCCUGCAGCUGCUGCAGCUGCUCCGUUGCCUGUGCCUGUGCCUGUGCCUCUGCCACUGCCGCUGCCUGUUCCCGUGCUCACCGCCACACCGCCUUUGACAGCAACACCGCCGCCAUUCUUUACGCCUCCGCCGUUGCCCACAUUAUCAUCACAUUUUAAAGUUCAAUCGGUGACAACAACAAUGCGAGAGAUUAUGCCAGUGGAUAUAUUGCAGAAAAUUGGUCCAUUGCCCAAGACCUUAGACUUGGAUGUCGGUAAUCCUGACCUGGAUGUGCCCCAAACCGAUCUCAUUGAAGUCAAUACAACACCAACUCUAGAAACCGCUGGCAAUGUGCAAACUCCGCCACAAAAACUGCUGGAAGCCUAAUGAAAAAUUAAGUAAAUCCCUGAAGAUCCCAUCUGGCAAUAUCUACAUAUAUAGUACUAUACAUACUCGCAUGUACUUAGCACCGCCUGGACACAUCAUAACAAUUCUAGUUUUAAGUAGUUAUUUUUUAUAGUCUAAGCAUGAACACUAGACAUAUUGUUUUUUUUAUCAGCAUCCAACGAGCCUCUGGCAAUUAUAUCAUUAUCAAUUUCUAUUUUUAUCCUCUCUCUAUUUUUUUCAUUUAAAUAUCUUUGUUUCUUUUUUUUUUGUUAAGCAAAAACGCAUUUAUAUUUAAUUUUUAUAGAUUUUAAAAUCUAUGCAUUAUGUUUCAAUCGUAAUAUUUUAGUCCAUUGAUUUCUACAAGAAAAUAAAACCUUUGUAAAUAGAUCGAUUCUUCUGAAGAGAAAUUAUGUCUUGAAUCGAAUUCCUAGACUAAGCGAAAUUCGUACUGUAUUUAACAAAAAUGAAAACACACAACAACAAAAAGCUAAACAAAUUUCAACUUUAUACUAACUUCAACAAAUAAACGAAAGUACAGUUGCGUACGUAGAAUUAUACAAACCAGAAAAAACAAAAACCAUUUUAUUA